GGGAAGGGAAUUGCAUGACAGACGAUGUGUUGACACCGAAUAGGACCAAUAGUGUAACAUUUGGGAAAGUGUGAAAUUGUUUUUUUUACCGACGUUUGGUGCAGUCAUUUAACUUUGGAUUCACAUGCCGACCAAUUGCAACUAUUCUAGCGCCGGUGCUGUCAUCAUGCAUCAUAACAGUUGUAUCCCGGUUUUUCUCACUGGCUUACUAUCUUUCUAUGGAUGUCUGAGCUGUGUGUCAUGUAGUAAGGAACCUGAAACACCGGACUGGCGGAUGACUUUAAAAACCAUUCGCAAUGGGAUCCAUAACAUUGACAAAUACCUCAACGUUGCUCUGGACUUAUUUGGAGGACAAGAUGGACUGUGUCACUAUGAAUGCAGCGAUGGUUACAAACCAGAACCCCGGCCUGGUUACAAACCAAACCCACCCAAUGGAUGCGGGUCACCCCUGUUCGGAUUCCAGUUUGACAUCGGCAUCCCGUCCUUGACCAAGUGCUGUAACCAGCAUGACCGUUGCUAUGACACCUGUAACCGUGAUAAACACGACUGUGAUGAUGAGUUCCAGGAAUGCUUGGAGACCAUCUGUAGGAGAUUACAGAAGAUGUUGGGACUGGCCCAGAGUGUCCAAGCAUGUGAGAAUACUGUGACCCUGCUGUUUGAGGCUGUCAUGCACAUGGGGUGUAAACCUUACAUGGACAGCCAGAGAGACUCCUGCAUAUGCAAAUUUGAAGUCAAGAGGGAUCUAUGAGCUGCCAUCCAGAGGGGAUUCUGGAAUAGUCAAGCCACCAGAGAAAUAUUGAAGUCAAUAUCUUCCCAAUAUCUUGGGAUAGAGCUGUGGAAGUUUCCAUUGAUAACAAUGUGCGAAGCCUUGUGAAGGGGCCUGGAUGUGCUCUCAAUUAAUGAACGUUGGGUGAUCUGAGUUUUUAAAUUGCUAUUUGAUAAUUUUGUAGAAUUGUUCUCCUAUGCAAAGGUUGUUUAGUGGUUGUUGUCAUGUAUGCCAUUUGCGCUCAUAGCGUUUCAAUCGGUGACGUCACUCGCAAGGGCUGAGGAUUUUGUGGAGCGAUGGUUAACAAUGCUUUGUGGGUGUCAGUUGUCAAUGUGUGCAGAGGGUCCCUGGUUCGAGCCCGGCGAGGGUACGGACUAAAGUUAUACUGUUACACUUCUCCGCCCAUGCAUUGGCUAUAUAGACUGCUUUAUUUCGCAUGUGUGGCUACUGAAUAUGAGCAGCGACAACGAUGAGAGUGGACACUUGUACAUUCUCUUGAACUACGUUUUGCAUAUAGGGUAUAGCCUCCCUUUUAGGAGGAUAAUUUGCAGGCGGAGACAAAUAAAUGGGUAAAUAAUAUUUAUUGAAAAUGAAAGGAUCGCUCACCAUAGCCUAUCCGCGCGUUACGCCUUUUCAAUAAUUUUUAUUAUUGCACCUUGACUAACGUUGGUUGAGCGUCCUCCACUUCUUUCCAUUAUAAUUUAUUUACAGACACUAGUCUAAUCAUAUUUAAUGUAAUUUUCUUGAAAAGACGACUGCCACUUGAUUCUCCUCCCACGCAUAGGCAGCCUACUCUAUUUCAGUGACACCAGACUAUAAUCUCGCGGGGACUAAUUCAUGUGGAAAGAUGAAACGGCGAGAAUCUGUCAAUGCACAUGUAGGAUUAUGUGGUUGAUGAGCAACAUUGAGGGGUUCAAUUCAUCUGCCCGGGCGCCCGACAAUGCGUGUUUUUUUUACCAGGUGAAAGUUGAUUGCGUUUGUUUUGGAACCGGCCUGCCUCCUGGGUGUGAGACAGGUGCCGGUUCAAAGCCCACGGAGAAAUCCGCUCAAAACGUAAUUAGCACGUGGAGUAAAGAGUACGGUUCUGUGUUUUCACAUGUAAAAGUGAUUUGCUUUUGCCAAAAAAAGCAUCUGCUUUAUUAAUAAAAACUAGUUUGAAAAUGCAAACAUAUUUUGAAUGGAAAAGAGAUGUAGGCCUAUGUAUGUUUCUGGGUGAUGCACCUUGUUGACAGAGCGGCACAGACUACUGUUUGACUUGAAAAGGCACUCCUCCUCCCUUAGUGCUUUUGCCAAUUCACGUCAAAGGACAUACCGAUGCCCCGCGGUUCACCAUUUUAUUUAAAAAUGUGUACUUUUUUUAACAUUGAGACCCAGAGUCGCUAUUUCAAGGGAUACAUGGCCGAAAAUGCCGUAACAAUCAAUACAUUACAGAAUUAAAACAUGCAACAAUUUGAUCCAGCCCCAAAAAAGCAUUUACACUACUCUGUAACAGUCUCCCAUGAACAUUUAAAUUCAUUCAGUGGCACUAACAUAUCUAGAUGAAGUAUGGAUUGUAGACUACACCAUACCUCCGGUGCACAAGACAAGGCGGCAGUCUUGCUAAAUAGUGCAAAUGUCCUGAGGACUUUAAGUAGGUAGCCUAGUGGUUAGAGCUGUGGGCCAGUAACAGAAAGGUUGCUAGAUUGAAUCCCCAAGCUGACAAGGUAAAAAUCUGUCGUUCUGGCCCUGAACAAGGCAAUUAACUCACUGUUCCUAGGCCAUCAUUGUAAAUAAGAAUUUGUUCUUAACUGACUUGCCUAGUUAAAUAAAUGUUUAUUUUUAAAGUAACAACUGCUCAUCAGACCGGGUAUGGUAACUGCUGGUGGUGAAGGAGACCAGACUACAUAGAUGAAGAGGGAGUUUACACAAAAGGGUUUAGUAGAUGAACACUUACAUAUAAUCAAUCCUCCCAGUAGUUUCUGGAUUUGUUUUUUUGUUGUUUAUUUGGACGAAUCAGGAUUGGGCAAAUGCAUGCAUAAAGUGCUAAUCAGCAGUUACAUCAUUUUUUAAAACGUAUAAAUUAAUGAUAUGCACACAUUGAUUCUUGAAUAGGCUAUAUAAUUUAUAAAUGCAUCACGAGCUUAGUUCAACUGGUAUACAAUAUCAAAACCCCAAUUAUAAGCUUGUUUUACUGCAAUGUUUGUAAACAAAGAACAUGUCAAACAAAUAGCAGCCUCAAAACAUGGUUUAAACUAUCAUGUUGAUAUAAUAGCUGUUCAGUCCUUGCAUCCAUAGCUCUGUCUAUGAUUUUGAGAGAGGAUACAUUCCUCAAACCCCAUCCCUCAGCGUUUUACUGACAACCGCUUUAUUAUUGUUUCGACUGCUGCUUUAACUGGUGCUGUCACGACUUCCGCCAAAGUCGGCCCCUCUUCAUUGUUCCGGCGGCGGUCGACGUCACCGACUUUCUAGCCAUGGCCGAUCCACUUUUCAUUUUCCAUUGGUUUUGUCUUCCAUCACACCUGGUUCCAAUUCCAUCAAUUACGUGUUGUGUAUUUAACCCUCUGUUACCCCCCCAGGUCCUUGUCCGUAAUUGUUUGUUGUCAGUGCUUGUGCACGUUGGGUUAUGUACCCAUUUAUUUUAUUGUUCUGUAUCCGGUGGGUUUUGAUGAUUAAACUGAGCCGUUGGAAGCACA